CCGCAGCGUCAGUCAAAACAUCACAAGAGGAGGGGGAGGGGUGGGGGCUGGCAGCAGCGUCCGGAGGCUGUUGUUUUUUAACCGGUCACCAACAGCGUUUUAUUUAUCGCCGGCUGAAGGGAGAGGCGGCAGUUACCUUGGCGUGAAGAUGUCAGAGAGUUCCAGCGAUAGUGAAUCAUCCUGUGGUUGGACCAUAAUUAACCAUGAAGGUUCUGAUGUGGAGAUUCUCAGCUCCGACAAAGGAGAAGCUGAAGGCAUUUCAAAGCCUUUGCCAGAACAACAACUUGACAAACCUUUUGAAUUGCAAGAUGAAACUGAGCAGCCUGAACUACCAAUAGAAACUCUUAGCUCCUCAGUUACGUUAGCAGAAAAGGAAUUAUUCUCUGAGCCAGCAAAAGAUAAAAUGGCUGAUGACAGUACUUUUGUUGGUGCAACUAGUGAUGAUUCAGAUAUUGUUACCCUUGAAACGCCACCUGUAGAAGAUCUUCAGGCUGUCCAGGAGGAAACUGAAGUUGCAGCACAAGAGCAAACAAACGAUGAUGAAUUGAAUCUAGGUUCAUCUUCCAGCAGCCAGUAUACCUUUGCUCCACCGGAAACUGUGUCUACAGUUGAAGAAAGCAGAGGUGAAUCGAGUAGUGAUGAAAACAGUGGUAAAUCGAGCCCUACACUGCGAAGACGGCGUAUUAGGAAAAAAACAAUGUCUUCCUCUGAAACUGAGGAGAAACCUGGUGAGGAGGUGGUGGAUGGUGAACAGCAGCAGCAGCAACAUCGCUUCAAUACCACUCUGAAUAAAUGCAUUUUACUUGCACUGGUUAUUGCUUUUAGCAUGGGAUUUGGACACUUCUAUGGAGACUUUCAAGAUGGCAGCCAGUUGCCUCUGAAGAGGGGAACGACCCAAAUUCAGGAACAGCAGAAAAUAGUGAAGAAAAUUCAUGAAGAGGAGUUGAAUGAUGUUAAAGAUGAUCUUUUUCAGUGUCAAAAGGAUCAGGCUGGAACUGAGGAACUUAUGGAAGACAUAAAGGAAAAACCGGACAUGUUGCUCACACUGACAGAACUUAUGGAUAAGAUGAGAAAAGAGAACGAACAACUCAAAGAAAAACAAGCUGAGCUUCAGUCACAGGGAGAAAACUUGGAAAUACGCUUGAAACACACUAUGGAUGAGAAGCUUUCUGUUGAGUCACAACACCAAACACUUGCUCAAGAAAACCAGCGUAUGAAGGAAUCUCUGGAGCAUGAAGAGAAAGCACUAUCUUUGCUCCAGGAUGAGCUUCGGAAGCUGAGGGAACAAAUUAGAACAUUAGAAGGAAAAGGGGUAGAUGCUGAGAUGAUCAUCACUGAAAACCAGAAGCUGAAAGAUCAUCUGGAGGAGGAAAAGCAACAGAUACAGAAUUUUCUUCAACAGAAAGGAAAUCUUGUGAAUGAGGCUCAGAUAUUAAGAAAGGAAUUAGACAAAGAACGGGAAAUUACUGAUGCUCUGCGUAAGGAACUGGAGUCUCUGAGUCAUCUUCAGUCCUCUGCUGAUACAGAAGAAGAAAGUAAAGAUACAGAGAAUUUGCAGUCUAGACUUGCAGAACUGGAAAAGAAAUUGGACUUUGAGCAGCAACGCUCUGACUUGUGGGAGAGACUUUAUGUUGAAGCUAAAGAAGAAAAGGAUGACCAUGAAUUUAAGAAAAAUUCAAAGAAGCCAGACAGGAAACCAAAUCAGGGGCUUUAUGGGACUCGCAGUAAAAAGUACCAACCCAAAGAAAGUUUCAUGAGAUCUGUUAAGAAUGGUUUUGAUGCUGUGAAAAACUCAACUAAAGAAUUUGUGCGUCAUCAUAAAGAAAAAAUUAAAUUGGCAAAAGAAGCUGUAAAAGAGAACCUUAAAAAAUUCUCUGAUUCUGUUAAAUCCACAUUCCGACAUUUCCAAAACUCAGCCAAAAAUUUAUUUCACAAAAAUAAGAGACGUGAAGAAGAACAAGAUGCAAAGACUAGACGUCACGGGUUCUGGCAACGCCAUGACCACCCUUGUAGAGUAAACCAGCAUGGUGUUCAUGGAGGCAAAGAUUCCUGUGAACAUAAACCCACAGAAACAGCUGAUGCACAGUUCCAGUACAGUGAUACAAGGAAACACAACAAAAUAUACUCCAAGGAGCCUCUCAAUUUUGAGAAGAGUACAGGUGAACAUGACAACUUUGGAAAACAUACCCACUAUAGGAGCCCCAAGGGUUGCUCUGGUGUCUUUGAAUGUGCCCAUCAAGAAUCGCUGAGCCUCUUUAAUAAAGUCCUCGAUCCCAUCAAGGUUGAAGACUUCCAUAAGCUUCUGCAUAAUUAUCUUCAACAGGAGGUGGUUGAGUUUCAACGCUGGAGUGAGCUGGAGAAAUUUAUAAACCGAUUCUUUCAUAAUGGCCUUUUUAUACAUGACCAAAUGUUGUUCUCUGAUUUUGUCAAUGAUGUUGAGGAUUACCUUGAAGAUAUUGCAGAGCACCAAGAAGAUAAAGUUGAUCCUUUUGAUGACCUAGAUGAAUACAUUUAUAGGCACUUUUUUGGGGACAAUUAUUUCAAUCGAUUUGGACCAAGUCAGCUUUACGAUGCUGGUAAAUACAGACAGUACGGAAAGCAGGCAUCUAAAAAUGCAGAUGGCUCCAGAUACCAGAGACAUGAACGGAAACACCAGCACGCUUACCACCACAAGGAACGCAAAUGGAACAAGCCAGGCCGUACCAAUGGAAGACAUAUGGCAAAUGUUGAAAUUGAGUUGGGCCCAAUGCCUUUUGAUCCGAAAUAUUAAUGGUUUUUACAUGCAUAAGUGUGUGUUUGAAAUGUUCAGACUUAUCUGACUGCUGUUUGUGAAACAUGCCUAAGAAUGAUGAGAAUUUUUUUCAAACAAUUUGCAUCUCAUUUGACUUUGAAUAAUAUGACAGUAGAGGUAGUUAUCCUAAUAACUUUCCAUCUGUAAUUGCAAAGUACUGGUGAAAAACUUCCUAAGCAGUUGCAUUGUGCAAGUAUGUUGUGCUAAACCCAGUUUGGCAUUAUGAAAAAGACUUAAAAGUUGCAGGAUCUUUAAUGAAUUUUCUAUGUCUUCAUGUAUACUGGUGUAUGUGCAUGAGAUUGAAGUCUCAUUUCUUCCUUAGCAAGUUUGUAAUUUGCUAUCAUGUGAACGUAAAUUCCAUAAGGUGUAAAUUAUUAAUAUUGGUGUGCAGGAUUUCUUUUAUUUUGAAGAUUGUAAUUUUAUUCUGUGGUGAAAAUUAGCUCUUUUUGUUCUUUCCUUCCCCGUGUUGUGAAAUGAUUUUGCACAGAUUCUAUUGCGAUUCCUGGAGGUGAAGAAAUGGGUUAUGCUUUUAAUUUGAAUUCAGUAACAUUGGAGCUACAUAUCUUUUUCUAUUUGACAAAGUCAGCAAUUGUAGGCAAAUUACAAUAUUAAAACCAGUUGGUAGUAAAGUGGUGGCUUAACUGUUUGUUUAAGAAACAGCUAUGUGUUGAGUUUGUAUGUGCUUCAGAAUCCAUCAACCAGGAAGGAUACAAAUUUCUCUUACUGACUAACUGCAGGGCCAGAUAUGAUUGCUGUAAAAAAAUAAAUAAAUUCUGUAAUUUUGAAA